AUGAGUCGCGCGCUCGCGGCGCUGCACCAACGCGGUAUGCUCUUCGCCCUCACGCACGCGGACGCCGGCCGCGUGAUGGACAGACUGCUGCGGCGACAGGGCGCGCCCAGCGUCUACUGCGGCUUCGACCCGACCGCCGACUCGCUCCAUCUGGGGAACUUGUUGCAGGCCAUUGCGUUGCGCCACUUCCAGCGCGCGGGCAUGCGGCCCAUUUUGCUGGUGGGCGGCGCCACCGGAAUGAUCGGCGACCCGAGCGGGAAGUCCGACGCGCGGGUGCUGCUGUCGGACGAGACGGUGCAGCAGAACGCGCGGCAGCUCUUUGCCCAGGGACUGUCAGCGGUGUUGGACUUUGACGACCCCGAGACGGGCGCAGUCGUCUGCAACAACGCCGAGUGGCACAACCACAUGUCGGCAGUCACGUGGAUGCGCGACAUUGGGCGUCACUUUCGGGUCAACGCUAUGCUGCAGCGCGACAGCGUGAAGACGCGACUGGAGACGGCCCAGGGCAUCAGUUUCCUCGAGUUCUCGUACCAGCUCUUCCAGGCGUACGAUUUCCUGCAUCUAUAUCGGCACUACGGCUGUGUCGCACAGAUUGGAGGCAGCGAUCAGUGGGGCAACAUUGCCUCGGGCAUUGAGCUCGUUCGCAAGAGCACGGGCAAGGAAGUAUUUGGCGCGACGUUGACGCUGCUGACAACCGCUACGGGGGAGAAAUAUGGCAAGUCCGCUGGCAACGCGGUGUGGCUGAGUGCGGACAAGACGUCUGUCUUUGACUUUUACCAGUUCUUUCUCCGCUCGGACGACCGCGAUAUCAAGAAGCUGCUCCAGAGCUUUACGUUCCGAGAGAUGGACGAAAUCCGCGAUAUCGUCGCUGAGCACGAAAAGGCGCCUGAGAAGCGCGCUGCCCAAAAGGUCCUAGCCGAGGACGUCACGGCAAUGUUGCACGGUCAAGCCGGCUUGAAGGCUGCGCUGGAUGCCACGAAGGUGCUUUUUGGAAAGAAGAGUGGCUGCUUAACGGCGGACGAGGUACUUCGCAUGGCCGGAGACGCGCCCUUGACCGUCGUGUCUCGUGCGGAUGUCCUCAAUCACUCUAUUGUGGACCUGGCUGUACGAGUAGGCGCUGCUCAGUCAAAAGCAAUGUGUCGACGUCUGAUCAAAGGCGGCGGCGUGUACCUCAACAACGGCCGCGUCGAAUCCGACACUCUGCGCGUCGAGCCGUCACACCUUCUCGACGACAAGGUAUUGGUGGUCCGCAUUGGCCGACGAAACAACUUUAUCGUCCAAGUGCAAUAG